CUGGCUGAGGCUGCUGAGGUCUUGAUUCUGCCCUGGGACCCUCCAACCCAACUUCCUCCCAGUGGCCAGAGUCUCCAUCACCCUUCAAGGAUGUCCCUGAGGCUUCUGCUUCUGUGUUUGUGGGGACUGCCACUCCAGAGGGCAGAGACAGAUUCUGAGGGGCAGACAACGAGGGAGCUGUACCAGCGCUGGGAGCGCUACGGCCGGGAGUGCCAGGAGACCCUGGAGGCUGCAGAUCCACCCUCAGGCAUAGUCUGUAACGGGUCCUUCGAUAUGUACGUCUGCUGGGACUACACGGCCGCCAACACCACUGGUCGGGCAUCCUGCCCCUGGUAUCUGCCCUGGUACCGCCACGUGGCUGCAGGCUACGUCUUCCGCCAGUGUGGCAGUGAUGGCCAGUGGGGGUCUUGGAGAGAUCACACUCAGUGUGAGAAUCCAGAGAAGAACGGGACCUUUCAGGACCAAAGGCUGAUCCUGGAGCGCCUGCAGGUCGUGUAUACAGUCGGCUACUCCCUGUCCCUGGCCGCUCUGCUGCUAGCCCUGCUCAUCUUAAGUCUGUUCAGGCGGCUGCACUGCACUCGUAAUUACAUUCACAUGAACUUGUUCACAUCUUUUAUGCUGCGGGCAGUGGCCAUCCUUACCCGAGACCGGCUUCUUCCUCCACUUGGCCCCUACACUGGGGACCAGACUCAUACCCUGUGGAACCAGGCCCUAGCUGCCUGCCGCGCGGCUCAGAUCGUGACCCAGUACUGCGUGGGUGCCAACUACACCUGGCUGCUGGUAGAGGGUGUGUACCUGCACCAUCUGCUGGUGAUCGUGGGAGGCUCGGAAAAGGGCCACUUCCGCUGCUACCUGCUUCUUGGCUGGGGGGCCCCCGCGCUUUUCGUCAUUCCCUGGGUGAUCGUCAGGUACCUGUACGAGAACACGCAGUGCUGGGAGCGCAACGAAGUCAAAGCCAUUUGGUGGAUCAUUCGCACCCCCAUCCUAAUAACCAUCUUGAUCAAUUUCCUCAUCUUCAUCCGCAUCUUGGGCAUCCUUGUGUCUAAGCUGAGGACACGGCAGAUGCGCUGCCCCGACUACCGACUAAGGCUGGCUCGUUCCACGCUGACGCUGGUGCCCCUGCUGGGUGUCCACGAGGUGGUGUUUGCUCCCGUGACGGAGGAACAGGCUGAAGGCGCCCUGCGCUUAGCCAAACUGGCCUUUGAAAUCUUCUUAAGUUCCUUCCAGGGCUUCCUGGUGAGCGUGCUCUACUGCUUCAUCAACAAAGAGGUGCAGUCGGAGAUCCGCCGGGGCUGGCGUCACCGCCGCCUGCGUCUCAGCCUCCGCGAAGAGCGCCCCUGUCCGAACAUGGAGCUCAGCCCCCAGGCCCUGCCCUCGCGUCCUGCACCCCGGGAGGCCCCCAUAGGCAGCGCCUGGCCCUCCGGGUCUCUGCACGUGCCUGGAGAUGAAGUCUUGGAAAGUUACUGCUAGGUAACGGGACUCCUGUGUCUGUACACUUGGCACGUAUUGAGUGCCUACUGUGUACCAGCCCCGGUGUGGGGAAUGCUGGGGAAAUGGGGGGGAGAAGGAAGGAAGACAAGGUCCCUAUAUGUAUAUAUUUGUUGUGGAAUGGCUUAUGAAAAGGAUUGAGAUGUUUAGGACCACUGACAGGGAGGCCGCUUGUGAAGACGUGACGCUUUUAAGCCAUGUUUGAAAGAAGUGGAAACAACCUGGAGAGGUGGAGGACAAGACUCCAGGCAGAUUCCAGUGUAAAGGCCCUGGGAACAGGAAGGAUGGAGAAGGGCUUCCGUGGCUGGAAAAAGCCUGGGCCUGCAGACGGGGAAGAAGUGGGCAAGGGGGGCAGUGAAGACUUUAUUCUUUUAUUUUAUGCAUACGACCGUUUUGCCUGCAUGGAUGUAUGUGCACCACAUGCAUGCAGCACUUACAUAUGCCUGAAGGGUGGAAGAUCCUAUGCGACUGGAUGGUUGUCACCCCACGUGGGUGGGGUGAACUGAACUCCAUCUCUCCAGCCCUGCGUUUAGCAGGGGUGUCUGUCUCCUUGGCUCUUUUCCACACAGUUGUCUGCUCCACAGGGACAGAUUGUUGGGGGCAGGAUGUGAGCUGGGAGCUCGGUAAGAGGAACGCAGGUAGCUGGACCAGAGGGAGGCCAUAGAGGGGUGAGAAAGAUUUGCUGAUGGAUCCCAGGAGAGGGAUCAGAUGGCUGGGACAAAAGGAGGGAGAAUCAAAGGGCUCUUGUCCUGUAUAAGGCUGGUGAGACUCAGGGGGACUGAACUUUAGGAUCUGGAGCUGCAGGGGAAAGCGUGCAACAGAGCAAGAGGAGCCUGGACCACUGUGGGUUGAACAUGGAGCAGGCAGGCCUCUGCUGAAUCCUUCUCCAGGUAGCUAGACCCGCUGCUGGCAGUUAGGACACACCCUUCUGCCUCCCAGGGACGACUGAGAGAUUUUAGGGGAUGCAGCCUCACUGUGGCUGGUCCACCUGUGUGUGCACACACACAAACCUCAAUUAGUGGGGGGUGCUGUAUUUUCCCCAGGGUCCCCAGAAAGACGUGCCCCAUAGCUGA